CGAGCUGGAGAAAUCCAAUAUCGUGCUUGGACACAGAGGACCUCAGUGUGCAGAGCUCUGGCGAGACGAUGGCUUCAGCCGGCCUGGAAAUCCUGGGCAUGAUUCUGUCUGUGGCUGGCUGGCUGGGUGCAAUGGUAGCCUGCUGCCUGCCCAUGUGGCGUGUGGCGGCGUACGUGGGUCAGAACAUCGUGAUCACACAGGUGGUGUGGGAGGGCCUAUGGAUGAGCUGUGUGGUGCAAAGUACAGGUCAGAUGCAUUGCCAGAUCUAUGAUUCCAUGUUGGCGCUGCCCAAUGAUCUGCAGGCGGCACGAGCGCUGGUUGUCAUCGCUGUGUUUAUUGGCGUAGUGGGCAUGACGCUGGCUGUAGCAGGCGCCAAAUGCACCAACUGUACAUCGGACGUGUCCAACAAACCUCGCAUAAUGCUGGGUGCAGGUGCAUCGUUCGGCAGCACUGGGCUGUUAUUGCUUGUGGCUAUUUGCUGGUCGGCCUACACCAUUGUGCUGGACUUUCAUGACCCACUUUUGCAGGAAACGCAGAAGAGGGAGUUUGGAAACUCACUGUAUUUCGGCUGGGGUGCCUCCUGCCUGCUCAUCCUAGGGGGAGCCAUACUUUCCUGUUCGUGUCCUUCCAGAGCAUCCAAGGAUCCUGUGUCUACUGGAGCACAGUACUCAGCGGUUAAAUCAAUGUCUGCAAAUGGAUAUUGCAGAAGGGACUAUGUUUGAAUGGUGUAGGUUGGUAAAUAAGCGUGUUUUCAGUGACAAUAAAAACUGCGCCAGAAAAUGUAC